AGCUGCUGCCGCCGCCCCCAGCUCCCCCGCCGCGGGGAGGGCUCCAGCCACUUAUCUCCAGCUUUGGGGUCAGAAAUUGCUGUAGAAGACUUGGUCAUUGCUUCCAGAGGGGCCCAAGAAAGGGAGGGGGCACCGCCUCCCCUACAGCAACUUCACCCACAAUGCAGAGCAUCAAGUGUGUGGUGGUGGGCGAUGGGGCUGUGGGCAAGACAUGCCUGCUCAUCUGCUACACAACUAAUGCCUUCCCCAAGGAGUAUAUUCCUACGGUGUUCGACAAUUACAGCGCCCAGAGCGCAGUUGAUGGGCGCACAGUGAACCUGAACCUAUGGGACACUGCGGGCCAGGAGGAAUAUGACCGCCUCCGCACACUUUCCUACCCUCAGACCAACGUCUUUGUCAUCUGUUUCUCCAUUGCCAGCCCGCCCUCCUAUGAGAAUGUGAGGCACAAGUGGCAUCCAGAGGUGUGCCACCACUGCCCUGACGUGCCCAUCCUCCUGGUAGGCACCAAGAAGGACCUGAGAGCCCAGCCUGACACCCUUCGGCGCCUCAAGGAGCAGGGCCAGGCGCCCAUCACACCCCAGCAAGGCCAGACGCUGGCCAAGCAGAUCCACGCUGUGCGCUACCUCGAGUGCUCGGCCCUGCAGCAGGACGGCGUGAAGGAAGUGUUUGCUGAGGCUGUCCGGGCUGUGCUCAACCCCACACCGAUCAAGCGUGGGCGGUCCUGUGUCCUCUUGUGACCCUGGCCCUCAGCUUAAAGGCUGCCCCUGCCCCCCCACCAGUUGUGCCUUGGCGCCUUGUCUGCCCCCAGCUGUGCCUUAAGGACUAAUUCUGGCACUCACUUGCCUGGGGAGCUCCUGGAAUGCCUUUUUCUCCUUAAGGAGGCCUACAGGGAAAGGGGCUUUGGGCCCUGCCCCAACCUGCUUGGGAACAUCAGGUAUUCUCAUGAGCUUACCCAGGCCAAGGUUGAUUCUCCCAAGAGGCCAACCCAGUGCCAUCCCUCCACUUUCCGCUACUGACCAGUUCAUCCAGCUUUCUACGACGUGCCUACUGUGGUGCCUCCUCUCAGGUUAGGGGCUCAGCCAUCUCUAACCUCUGCCCUUGCUGCUCUUGGAAUUGCCCUACCCCAAACCCCGAAGUGCUCUUCCCUUCAUCAAGGAAGGAACUAUAGACCUGAGAAGAUAAAUGUGCCCUAACCUGCUCAGUGUGUCCAAGCCUUACGCAUCUGCUGACUGACUCAGCCCCCCGUGCUCCUGGGGGCCUGUCCUACCCCCAUCAGCAUCAAUAAAACCUCCUGUUUUCAGUG